CAGAGAGGGAAUAAAAAUGGUGUGGCGCCAGCUAUGAAGCUGCAGGAUCCAAUCUUCGUCUGAGGUCAAAGCUGGCAAAUUUUCUUUUAGGGCUUUCUUCUUCUCUCCACAGUCUUUCCUUAAUUACUCUUGAGAAAUCUAGACAGAUUUUAAAUUAACCCCUAUUUUCUCUUUCCACUGUGCUCCCAUUUUCUCUAUCUCCUAUAUAUUUCUUCUUCUCUUUUAUUACAAUACAGAAAAAUGUAUCUGCUUUGAGAGAGAGAGAGAGAGAGAGGGAGAGAGAGGUUUGGUUUUCAUGGUUGAUUCUUCUGCAACAAUAGCAACGUUAACAACUACAACCAUGGCUACUUCUCUUUCUUUAAUUAGUGGUGAGAAGAAACACUGGUGGCUUAGCAACAGAAAGAUUGUAGAUAAGUACAUUAAAGAUGCUAGAAGCCUUAUUGCGAGUCAAGAGCAGAGCGACAUCGUCUCUGCUCUCAAUCUUCUUGACGCCGCUCUUGCUCUCUCUCCUCGCUUUGAACUCGCUCUGGAACUCAAAGCCAGGACGUUGCUCUAUCUAAGACGAUUUAAGGAUGUCGCUAAUAUGCUUCAAGACUAUAUUCCUAGCCUCAAAAUGGCUAACGAUGACUCUGGCUCUGUUUCUUCUGAUAACUCGUCUCAACAAAUUUCAAGAGAAAGAGUCAAGCUUCUGCCUUCUAGUGACUUGUCCGAUGACUCAGUGAAUCGUGAUCCAUCUUUCAAGUGUUUCUCUGUCUCGGACUUGAAAAAGAAAGUAAUGGCUGGGCUCUGUAAAAAUUUCGAGAAAGGAGGGCAAUGGAGGUACUUGGUUUUAGGUCAAGCAUGUUGUCAUCUGGGAUUAAUGGAGGACGCCAUGGUUCUCCUCCAGACCGGUAAACGGUUGGCUGCGGCAGAAUUCCGCCGUGAAAGCAUCUCUCUAUCUGAUGAUAGUUUCACUUCCUCUAGGUUUCCAAUAUCCGUUUCCACCAUCAGCCAUCACCACACACCACCUUCAACUCCUCCACGUGUUUUGACCGAGUCAGAGAGCAUUUCCCAGUUGCUCUCACACAUAAAGCUCCUCCUACGACGUCGUACUGCAGCCAUCGCCGCACUGGAUGCAGGUCUAUACUCGGAGGCCAUACGCCACUUCGGUAAAAUUGUUGAGGGACGUCGAGGCGCCCCGCAAGGGUUCUUGGCUGAAUGUUAUAUGCAUAGAGCUUUUGCUUAUAAAUCCUCAGGAAGAAUCGCUGAAUCUAUUGCUGAUUGUAACAAGACUCUGGCUCUUGAACCCAGUUGCAUUCAAGCACUUGAUACAAGAGCCUGUCUUCUUGAGGCCAUACGUUGUUUACCUGACUGUUUACAUGAUCUUGAACACUUGAAACUCUUGUACAAUUCAAUCUUGCGAGAUAGAAGGCUUCCGGGUCCUGCUUGGAAGAGACAUAACGUGAGAUACAGCGACAUUCCGGGGAAACUAUGUGCAUUGACCAUCAAGAUUCAAGAACUGAAGCAGAGGGUUGCUUCUGGAGAGACUGGAAAUGUAGAUUACUAUGCAUUAAUUGGGCUGAGACGUGGAUGUUCACGAUCUGAGUUGGAGAGGGCACAUCUAUUGCUAUCCUUACGACACAAGCCUGAUAAAGCUACUAGUUUUAUUGAUCGGUGUGAGUUUGCAGAUGAUCGUGAUCUUGAUUCUGUUAAAGACAGAGCAAAGAUGUCUUCUUUGUUGCUGUAUAGAUUGUUGCAGAAGGGUUAUUCAAGUGUUAUGGCUAAUAUUAUGGAUGAGGAAGCCACUGAGAAACGGAGGAAGACGGCUACAGCUGCAUUGCAAGUAGCUGUUCAAGUACAACAACAAACCCAGAACACGAAAUUGGAACCAGAGUUGAAUAAACCUACUGCUACAUCUACUGAGAUUUCCGGUUCUAAUAGAAUUAAUUCAACAGAAAACAAGGGGCCAACGGCUUCCAAUGGAAAUAAUGUGUAUCAAGGUAUAUUUUGCAGAGACAUAGCUGCAGUUGGAAAUUUGUUAUCCCAAGCUGCGUUUAAUCGUCCACUUCAAGUGAAGUAUGAAGCUCUGAGCUGCUGAAAUUGAAAUUUGAAUGAAUUAAGUGAAAGGUUCUUGAGAUGUCACCGGCAGUGCAAUCUCUGGUUCAAUUGUCUCUCUUUUGUACAAAAAGAUAAAGAUUGCCGGGAAAUUUUGUUGUCUGUGAUUCUUCCUUAUCCACUACCACAUGUACAUGUACAUAUCAGUAUCGAAUUUCAACUUUUGGCUUUCAUA